AAUUCUUACUAUGAUCGACAAUUACUAUUUGCUAUUCGCAAAUUUAACAGUUAUCAAAAUGAGUGGACGCGGCAAGGGAGGAAAAGCUAAGAGCGGGAAGUCAAAGACCAGAUCGUCUCGUGCGGGAUUACAGUUUCCAGUUGGACGUAUUCAUCGUUUGUUAAGAAAGGGCAAUUACGCUGAACGUGUCGGAGCUGGUGCUCCUGUGUAUCUGGCUGCUGUUAUGGAAUAUUUGGCCGCCGAAGUAUUAGAACUCGCAGGAAACGCCGCACGUGACAACAAGAAAACUCGUAUUAUUCCAAGACAUUUGCAGCUCGCUAUUAGAAACGACGAAGAGUUAAACAAACUGUUAUCUGGCGUCACUAUUGCUCAAGGUGGUGUGUUGCCAAACAUCCAGGCCGUUCUUCUUCCUAAGAAAACCGAAAAAAAGGCUUAAUUUAUCCCGUGUCGACUAACCAGUAAUCCAAACUUUUAAAACGGCCCUUUUCAGG